GAGUUGACAUGAAGAAGCCUGAGUGUCCUUCAUUUAAGCAAGAUUUUUGGUGCAGCGUGACAAGAAGCCGUACAACUUGUGCAUAACCUUAGGCUUGGACAUCUUGUCUCCCGUAUCUGCGACCCUCAUCAGUUCCACGUCCGCACGACCGCAGGUCAGAAUUUUCAAACCACACAACCCGUUGGCUCGCACCGUUGCGCAUCUCCCGAGAUACGAUAGCCGAAACUCCUUUUCUCUUUCUUUCGGGCUCACUGCGAAACACAGACACUGGCUGUCUUGUUUCUUUCUUUAACCUCACGUUCACUAGUUCACGUUCACGUUCAACGUUACGAGACAUGCGCUGCUCCACCGCUACGACUAUUGGUGUCAUCAUCGCCGCAGCUGUUGCGCCAGCAAUCGCGGCUCCCUUGCCAAGCACGCCUGAGGAUUACGUCCUCGCUGAGCGCAACUCUGAAAGCGAUCUCUGGGACAGGGCCUUCGAGGAUCUCAUCGCUAGGAAGUACCUCGACCCGGAAUUGUUUCGUCCGAGGCCUCGACCCCCGCCGACCAUCAUCAUCCACCCGCCCACUCCCCCGCCGCCAGGUAGCCGCCACAGAGGUCGCUCUGACGAAGAUAUGGACCUGUUCGCACGGAAGAUCUACGACCCCAACGCAGUCCGCCCAAGGCCUCGUCCCCCACCGACUAUCAUUGUGCAGCCCCCGACACCUCCUCCCGGAGGGAAUGGACGGCACCGAGGCCGCUCUGACGAGCUGAUCAACCUCAUGGGUCGUGAUCCCAGGGACGACCACCCCAGGCCCCCGAGGCCUCGUCCUCCGCCGAUCUUCAUCCAGCCGCCCACUCCCCCGCCGGAAGGUGGUCACCACAGAGGUCGUUCGUAUGACGAUAUCUUCGCCAGGAUGGAGAUGGGUAGUAUGGAGGUGGAUGAGCUCGAUUGAAAAUGUUGCAGCGCAAUCGUUUAGCAGACGUUGAGCCUUGUAUACCUGUAACAUCUGAACGCUCGAAUGUUGACAAAUGUCGGAGGUUUCCACCAUACUCGGUUGGUCACGAUGCACACCAAGUGGAUGCCUCGCCUGAGACACGAAUCGCAUACAUACGCC